AUGUUUCUAUCAAAAUUGUCACAAAAUUGUUGCGCUGGCUCGGCCACGUGCUGCGUAUGCCGGCCGACCGAUUUCCUCGAAGGGCUCUUUUCGCACAACCACAGCGGUGGCCAACCCUUGACUUGGCAGAGGAGUAUGAAGGAGAUCACGAGACGCUUGGGUGCUGUCGGUGCUACUCGCCUUCCAGGAUGGGGACCGCGUGAUCCUCACUGUGCCUGGUUGGAGACACUACAAGAUAUGGCUGCCAACCGAUGUCAGUGGCGUUCUUGUUGUCAGUUUCUGUCCAGAUUGCCUGAGCUUCCAAAUAAAUCAUGGUUGUACGGCAGUGAAGUAUCGGUGUUGAACACUGAUGUCAUGCUGUCGAUGAUGAUGAUGAUGACCUGGCACUCUGGGACCUUUGAACUGCCAACGGACUGGCUCUCUACGUCCGCUGAAUGCGUUUGGUCAGGUGAGCACUAUCAUUGA